AUGGCCAUCUCUUCUGCUUGGCUAUUCUUCUUCUUAUGUUCUCUCUUUCUCAGCCAUGGUGUUCUUGAGCUUGAAGCUUCACACCAUUUUGACCCAAACCUUCAAGUUUCUUCAACUACUCCUCCUGAAUAUCAACCACAUAGAACUUCUUAUCACUUCCAACCCCCCAAAAAUUGGAUCAAUGAUCCUAAUGGACCAAUGGUUUAUAAGGGAAUUUACCACUUGAUGUACCAAUACAACCCCGAAGGUACAGCUUGGGGCAACAUUGUCUGGGCUCACUCAACAUCAACGGAUUUAGUGAACUGGACCCCACAUGAUCCAAUCAUCUACCCAUCUCAGCCGUCUGAUAUCAACGGUUGCUGGUCGGGUUCCACCACAAUCAUGCCCAGCGGCACACCAGUGAUUCUCUACACAGGAAUCAACCCCAAGCAGGAACAAGUCCAAAAUUUGGCCAUGCCCAAAAACCUUUCUGACCCAUACCUUACAGAAUGGGUUAAGUCACCAAAGAAUCCAGUAAUGUCACCUUCUCCAGAGAACCAUAUCAAUGCAAGCUCAUUCAGGGACCCAAGCACUGCUUGGUUAGGCCCUGAUGGGACUUGGAGAGUGGUGAUUGGAAGCAAAACGGACCGUAGGGGAUUAGCAAUUUUAUAUAGUAGCAAAGAUUUCGUUACUUGGAUUUUAUCCCAGCACCCACUUCAUUCAGUUGAAGGCAAUGGAAUGUGGGAGUGUCCUGAUUUUUUCCCAGUUUCGAUUGAUUCCAAUCGUGGUGUUGACACAUCAACUCUCGGUCCUAAAGUUAAACAUGUGCUCAAGGUGAGCUUGGAUGAUACUAAAUAUGAAUACUACACCAUUGGAACUUAUGACCUUGACAAGGAUAUCUAUGUUCCGAAUAUUGGAUCCGUGGAAAGUGAUUUGGGCUUGAGGUAUGAUUAUGGGAAAUUUUAUGCUUCAAAAACUUUCUUUGAUAGUUUAAAAAAUAGAAGAAUCUUGUGGGGAUGGCUAAACGAGUCUUCGAUUCCUGACGAUGAUAGAAAGAAGGGAUGGGCUGGAGUUCAGGCAAUUCCAAGGACUCUUUGGCUGGAUAAAUCCGGAAAACAAUUAGUGCAAUGGCCCAUAACAGAAAUUGAAAUGCUGCGGGGACAACAAGUCAACCUACCUCAGCAAGUGCUUAAAGGAGGAUUAGCUCUUGAAGUUUCUGGUGUCACAGCAGCACAGGCAGAUGUUGUGAUUUCAUUCAAAGCAAGUGACUUAGAGAAAGCAGAAGUGCUAGACCCAAGUUGGACCAAUCCACAAGUACUUUGUAAACAAAAAAGUGCAUCAGUAAAAGGGAGUCUUGGACCAUUCGGGCUGCUAGUUUUGGCUUCAAAGGGCUUGCAAGAAUUCACUGCAGUGUUCUAUAGAAUAUUCAAAGGUCAAAACAAAUAUGUGGUGCUUAUGUGCAGUGACCAAAGCAGGUCCUCCUUAAAUGAUAGUACUGAUAAAGCCAAUUAUGGGGCUUUUCUGGAUGUGGACCCCGUUCAUGAGGAACUGUCACUUAGAAGCUUGAUUGAUCAUUCAAUUGUGGAGAGUUUUGGUGGAGGAGGAAAAUCUGUUAUCGCAGCUAGAGUUUACCCUACAUUGGCAAUUGAUGGACAAGCCCAAUUGCAGGUCUUCAAUAAUGGAACUGAGAAUGUUCAAAUCACAAGUAUGAGUGCUUGGAGCAUGAAGAAAGCCCUAAUCAAUUAAAAGUUGACACUGAAAUUGGGAGUGUGAUUUCUGUAUCACCC